GCAGCCGACAGCAGUCGUCUCGCGGAUAAGACAGCGACGCACAGCUGAGCGCGUCACGUGACGCCCAAGGUCGGCGUCGUCAGUAAACAGCGGCAUCGGAAUUGCCCGACCUGCGGCGUUUUUCCGUCGUGAGCGUGUACCCACACCGCUGCGUGCUCCUCGAGCUCCGAGCCAUUCGGUGCAAUGUCGGGGGUUCAGGUGUGCGGCUGCCUUAACUGGAGUGUCCACUGCCAGGAGGUGCAGCCCUGCGAUGUCCGGCACCUGGCCCCAGCAGGGGACGACCCCUUCUUUCGGGACGGGGUUGUCUGUGCAAAGCUUGCUCUGCAGGGCAUUACCAAGAGACACUCGUUCCUGGAAAGUGUGCGCAGUGUGGGCGAGUGGGAGGUGCACAGCUGUCAGGGCUGCCAGCGCGAUGUGUAUGCACAAGCCUCUGAUCGGAGCCUGCUGCUCAGUGCCGACCUUGAGAUCAAGUAUUUCGUCCUCGAAGAGGUUGCUCGUCAGCUUUCUCUUAUACCACUUACACAGGGCCACUCGAGUUCUCCAUUGGCGCCAGUUCUCCAAUAUGUCAUCAAGGAGCAGUAUCCACUACCUCCUGGCCACUGGUGCAGUAUGCACGACCUCAAGACCUUUGUCGCAUGGAAGACAACCGCCUGA